CCAACAACGGCUUAUCCUUUGCUUUGAAACACACAACACAAUCUCUUCUCUCUGUCUCAUUUCAAUGGCAGUGUCUCCUCCUCUUCCAAGCCAGUCUUUGGAAGCUGAAUUUGAAGCUCAGAACUCUGAAUCCCCACUCUUGCAAAUUGGAAAUGAUGGCCUCACUAAACGUGUUAUAAGGAAAGGUCUCACUUGGCAAACUCCAUUCUUUGGAGACGAAGUUGAAGUUAAUUUCAGAGGACAAGUUGAAAAUGGAGCAUCUCUUGAAUCCAGUUAUGAUAAAGGGUCCUCGUUUCGUUUCAAAUUAGGCCAAUGUGAAGUUAUCAAGGGUUGGGAUGAAGGAGUUGGGAGCAUGAAGAAAGGGGAGAGAGCAAUCUUCAAAAUGCCACCUAACUUGGCGUAUGGGGAAGUAGGGUCUCCACCACUGGUUCCUCCCAACGCGACUCUCAUUUUCGAAAUCGAAUUGCUAUCUUGGAAUACCAUUAGAGACUUGAAUGGUGAUGGAGGAAUCAUCAAAAAGAUUCUAAAAGAGGGAGAUGGAUGGGCUACCCCUAAAGACGCUGAUGAAGUUCUAGUGAAAUAUGAAGCAAUGCUAGAGAGUGGCAUGCUUGUCUCUAACUCUGACCAAGGUGUGGAAUUUAAUGUAAGUGAAGGCUAUCUAUGUCCUGCCAUGAGUGUAGCAGUUAAGACCAUGAGAAAGGGUGAGGUGGCAGAGCUAGCUUUGAAAUUCUCUUAUGGAAUCAUUCAAAAUCCAGAUAGAAUCAAGGAGCCUGAUGGUUUUCUCCAACCGGAUUUCAAGAUAAUAACCAUCAAACUAGAGUUAGUAUCAUGGAAAAUUGUGACCGAUGUCACAGGCGAUAAGAAAAUAUUGAAGAAAAUUAAGAAAUCUGGUGAGGGGUUCGAUCGUCCCAACGAAGGAUCUCAUGUGAAAGUUAUAUAUUCAUGUAAACAAAAAGAUGGAACAAUUAUUCAGAAGAAAGGAUCAGAGGAAGAACCUUUUGAGUUCACAAUUCAAGAAGGACAGGUGCCUGAGGGUCUAGAAAGAGCAAUAAUGACAAUGAAAAAAGCAGAACAAGCUCUUGUGACUAUCAGUGCUGAUUAUUUUAGUGACAACAAUUCACAGGGAGAAGGAGAAGACACACCUAACAAUAACAAUAAUAGUAAUAAUAAAGUCCUUUACUAUGAAGUUGAAUUGGUUGAUUUCGUUAAGGAGAAACCAUUUUGGAAGAUGGACAACCAAGAGAAAUUAGAAGCUUGUGAGAAGAAGAAGCAUGAUGGGAAUUUGAUGUUUAAGGCUGAAAAUUUCAGGCGUGCAUCCAUGGAAUAUGAAAAGGCUGUAAAAUGCAUAGAGUUUGAUCAUUCAUUCAGUGAAGAUGAGAAGAGUCAUGCAGAUACGUUACGGUUAUCAUGUAACUUGAAUAAUGCUGCUUGUAAACUCAAAUUGGGGGACUACACUGAAGCUUCCAGAUUAUGCACAAAGGUACUAGAGAAAGACCCUUUAAAUGUGAAGGCUCUAUACAGAAGAUGCCAAGCAUACCUGAAAACAUCAGAUUUGGAGAAAGCUGAGGUUGAUAUUAAAAGAGCACUCAUUAUUGAUCCAAAUAACAGAGACAUUAAAGUUGAGUACAAAGAGUUGAAGCUCAAGCAGAAGGAAUACAAUAAAUAUGAAUCCAACAUCUUCGGCACAAUGUUUUCAAGGAUGAGCUAGCUAGUUAAUUCCAACAAAGUGAUGAUUUUGUCUUCCUCGAUACAUGUUUUCGUCUAUUGGUUUUGAUUUAACAAUAUUUAUACACUCAAAAAUGAAUGUCUAUAUGCGAUGUUAGCCUUAAACGAGACCACAAAAAUGCUAAGUAAAAAACAACUAACUUUAAGAAUUAUACGGGAUAA